UACACCUUCACUUAAACUAAAAGCAAACUGAACGAUCUAAUUUAGAAUAAUGGUAAUAUGUUUCCUCGCGGAUGUUUUGUCUCUUGUGUAGUUGUUAGGUCACUUCCUCUAGGCAGGUGCGAGGUGAUAAACAACAACAUAAACACUCACGCUGUCACCAGGUCGCAGCCCCAAAUUUAACGCUCUCUAAUCAGGUUCGUAACUUUAACUACUGAAAAUGGCAACCCAUGUGGCGUUAUGUUAACGAUGAUGGGUGUGAGGGGCAGCAGCUUGUCAUGGUGUGAUGUAAAGGAUUCUCCUGCCGCCAGCAAACCAACCACGUAUUGUUACCGCAUCUCGCCACCAAGCUAUAAUCACAACUGGACAGAUCUCCACUACGCCGCCAGUCAUGGGAAUGUUCGACGCAUUCAUGAGAUACUGCACAAAACAGGUACAGUCAAUCUGAAUCGCAAAGACUACUAUGGAAAGACUCCUCUGUACUGGGCAGCGUACAAGGGACACAAGAAUUGUAUAGAGGAGCUGCUCAAGUUUGGUGCCCAUGUGAACACGCAGUGUCGACAUGGCGGGACACCUCUGCACGCUGUUGUCAGUCUGUACCCAGACAGUGCCUUACUGCUUAUAAAGCAUGGAGCGGAUGUCAACUGUGCUGACAACUGGGGCGUCACCCCGAUGUAUCUUGCCGCAUCUCACGGCCAGUUGGAGGUAUUACAUUACUUAGUGGUGGCCGGAGCCCAGCUCACAUUCAAAAACAAGUCAGGGGAUAUCCCGAAGCAGUUGAGUUGCCACAAGGACUUCUGUGCCUAUCUCUGCCGCCUCUCACAGACGCCACGAAGUUUGCAACACCUUUGCCGUGCCACAAUCCGGGAUCAGCUAGGUGACCAUCCACAAACCAAAGUCGAUAGUUUCAUGAUUCCGCGACAGCUCAAAGACUAUUUACUGCUGUCCGAACUAAGCUGACAUGAUAGAACCAACGAGGGCCUGUCUCAAAGACCUGUUUGCUGCACCAAAAAGGAAGAAACUAGGAAGACAGUGAAAUCGCGAAUGUAGAACAGUACUUCAUCUUAUCGAGCCUUGACAGGUUUAAAUCUUUGAAAGGCAUUUAGAAGCGAUACACAUAAGGAAGAGAAAUAUGGAUGUCAACUUCUUUAUUAUGAGGAACACAAUGUUUCUGAGUAUAUGCUUACACCUUCAUC